CCUUUGUAAAUGGAUGCCACACCUUUUCUUAAACCUGUUCUGCAGGUUGGAGAGUUUUUCUGGAAAGAUGGUUGCACUGAGCGAUGUGAAUGUUUUGCCUCUGAUGUUGUGCACUGUGCCGCUGCAUCCUGCACUGCUGCACAACAGUGCACCAUCAAGGAUGACCAGCUGGACUGUUAUGAUGGGAUGUCCACCUGCACUGUCUGGGGAGACCCCCAUUACAUCACCUUUGAUGGCACCCUAGCUCAUUUCCAGGGAACAUGCUCUCAUAUUACUGAGACUGGGAGUCAUGGCAGCAAUCACACCCAGUUUGAGGUUGUAGCCACCAACAAUCACCGUGGCAACAACCAUGUGUCCUUUGUGUCAUCAGUGGACAUACAUUUCUCUAAAGAUGCAGAGAGUGUGCGUGUAAGGAUUGGACCAAACAGAAGAGUGAAGGUAGAUGGAUCUGAUGUGUCUCUUCCCACGACUGUAGGAGCCAUAGCUCAAGUGUCAACACAAGAAGGCUUUGUAGUCUUUGAUGCAGAUGACCUUAUUGUCCAAUUUGAUGUCCAGAGUACUCUAUUGGUCAGAAUGAGUCAGUACUAUCAGAACAAAGUCAGUGGGAUGUGUGGGAACUUCAACGGAGAUCCUUCAGAUGAUAAAGUGAAACUGAGUUUGGACACAGCUGGACGUCACAGACCAGUCAGCCAGGGUGAGCUUCUGAACACAAGCAUCAUACCUUCGUACAGUGUUUUAUUGGUCCUGUAUCAAACUAUCCAUCUGUAAUUUCUCUCUCUGGUAAAACAAUUUCUUUCUGUGUCUUUUGGUGUCAAAAAGACUGGUCCAUCUCCUGUGAAAGCAGCUCAGGGACUAUGUCUGUCCCUCUGCCAGCUGUUUGAGGCAGGCUUUCACUCCAG